CCUUGCGCGAGGACCGCGGUGUUCUUUACUUCAUCGCUCAUAUUCUGCCGAUGCCAGUCUACCGCUCAGGCACGAGUGCCGAGAUUAACCACGAGAGACUUGGUGGGUUGAGGCGCGAGAUCUACUUCAAACGAGAGUUCCGCCGCGUUGCAGGAGAGAGAUCCACUGAUCCACUUCAAACGAGAGUUUCGCCGCGUUAGCCGCGUUAGGUCCACCUCCGCCCGCCGUCGGAAGCGUCGGAACUCGAGUGCGGGGUGUUGGUGACGUGUGUUCGUGAGCGUGGUCUGCUGGUGGUCUGUUGGUCGAAUAGCCCAGCCAUUUUCGGGUAGGCGAGAGUAAGAUCGGAUCGGGUGCACCCGGUGGGAAUAGGGUCAGGGCCGGGUAGGGGCGGGCGUCGACCAAUCAGAUGGCGCCAGG